AUGGCGUCCAAACCCAAAACACGGAAUGCCUCAGAGAAAUCGAAAAAUAUCGAUCAUUCAUAUGACAUACCUGGCAAUUCCACUAAUGAUAACUUACGCAAUGAGGAGAGUUCUUAUGAUUAUACUCAGGAGAGUGAAGAACUUGACAAAAGACAACGGUUACCUGAAAACAGGAGUUUUGAGUGUGACCUCUAUGGUAAAUGUUUCAGUCAGUCUGGACAUCGCAACGUACAUAGAAGAACACAUUUGGGUGAGAGGCCGUACAAAUGUGAACAGUGUAGCAAAUGCUUUAAACAGGCUGGAACCCUCAAGAGACAUGCUCUCACACAUACAGGAGAAAAGCCACAACAGUGUCCUCAGUGUGGUAAAUGUUUUGCACAGGCUGGAAACCUCAAAAGACAUGUUCUUACACAUACAGGGGAAAAGGGACACCAGUGUCUUCAGUGUGGUAAAUGUUUUGCACAGGCUAGACACCUCAAGACACAUGCUCUCACACAUACAAGAAAAAAGGAACACCAGUGUCCUCAGUGUGGUAAAUGUUUUUCACAGGCUGGACACCUCAAAAGACAUGCUCUCACGCAUACUGAAGAAAAGCCACAUCAGUGUCUUCAGUGUGGUAAAUGUUUCACACAGGCUGGAAACCUCAAGACACAUGCUCUCACGCAUACUGGAGAAAAGCCACAUCAGUGUCUUCAGUGUGGUAAAUGUUUUGCACAGGCUGGACACCUCAAAAGACAUGCUCUCACGCAUACAGGAGAAAAGCCACAUCAGUGUCUUCAGUGUGGCAAAUGUUUCACACAGGCUGGAAACCUCAAGACACAUGCUCUCACACAUACAGGAGAAAAGGAACACCAGUGUCCUCAGUGCCGUAAAUGA